AUGAGUGCAAAACCAACCGAAACAGAGUCAGCUGUGCCAAGCCAGGCUGAGGUCACCCCCUCCUUCAAGACAUUGGAAGAAGACGACGAAUUUGAAGACUUUCCAGCAGACGAUUGGAAAGAUGAAGAUACCGUGGCAAACCAAAGACAGGAACAUCUAUGGGACGAAAGCUGGGAUGACGACGAGGACGGAGAUGAUUUCACACAGAAGCUAAGGUAA